GCCAGUUGACAUUUCGGUAACAGAGUGACCAGCAGCUAUGAUGUUUGGGUUGAUCUGUAUUGCUGUCGUGGUCGGUUGUUCCGUCGCUGAACAACUUUGUCCACCUGCUUCAUGGCGUGCAGAAGAAGUAUCCGCAGCUCUGUUUCUACCAAAAGUCGACCACGAAUACCAGCCGAGAAGAGAAGAGGACCACGCCCUAGUGUACUAUGACGCUGAUCAACAGAAAACUGCCCUCGUCGCGAACUAUUCCGGUGCCACUGGGAAUGGGGACAUCAAAAUCAUCUACGACUAUGCAGCGAAAAAGGAAUACAGGAUCGAUCUGGCGAAGAACACAUGCAAGUCGAAGGCCCUGACAGACCCUUUCAAGAAAUGGUGCAUCUCAGACGACGCAACGUUCCUGUACGACGCCAAGAUAGGUUUUUCUUCUGACGGCUCGGACACAGUGACUGCUAAGGUCUACUACGUUGAAAACGUCUACUCCAGCCACACAAUCGGCCACGUGAUCGCCAUCACCAGCGACCUCAACGUGCCUGUGCAGUCUUCAACAUUCGGGCGUGGUGGUGAUCUCUACCUGGACAUAGCUCUGACAGGCAACAUUGCAUCUCCGAUACCCGAAGCUGAUGCCAACGUCUUCACCCCUCCGGAUAGUUGCAGCAGUUCGUAUUUCCCUGAAGAAGAGCUGGAAGUGCUACGAGUGGGUGCUCUGAGGAGAUUGUUCCAGUGAGGACUGAUCAAUGAUGGCCGCCUUUCCCCAAAGACUGAAAAUGUGUUUUGUAUAUGAGAUUGUUCUCCGGCUUUGACAUGCGUCACAUAUUGCUGUAUCUGUGUGUUUAUCUAUUGUGUUGAUGUUCAUUUUGUUUAUAUUAUUGCAAUGUCA